GAGAGCCCGCUCCGCCGUGGCAGGGAAAUACCCUCCGUUUGCCAGCAUGAUCAAGGGCUGUCAGAAUGAGUGCACGGCUGGAGGAUGUUUAGGAGAAACAGCAAAGCAUAUGACUGAAUCUUUUAAGGCUUCAGACUUGAUUAUCACCCCAGCUACAACUUUCAAGGAAAAACCAGACCCCAGUGGUUUGGUAUUUGGAACUGUGUUCACUGAUAAUAUGCUGAUAAUUGAAUGGUCCUUGGCUUCAGGAUGGGAGAAACCUUAUAUUAAGCCACUUGAGAACCUUUCGUUGCAUCCAGCCUCCUCGUCUCUGCAUUAUGCUGUAGAACCAAGAGGACAGAGAGAGGAGAAUCUGGUGCCAAUGCUGUGGCUCAAUGAAUACACAUUGUUUGAAGGAAUGAAGGCUUACCGAGGAGUAGAUGGCAAAAUCCGCCUGUUCCGGCCAGCCCUCAACAUGGACAGGAUGGCACGAUCAGCAAGACGAGCAACUCUGCCAUGUUUUGACCAGAAUGAGCUGUUAGAGUGCAUCCGGAAGCUUGUGGAAGUGGAAAAGGAGUGGGUCCCACACUCAACUUCUGCCAGCCUGUAUAUCCGUCCUACCUUAAUUGGAACGGAGCCUUCCCUUGGAGUGAAGAAGCCGACUAAAGCCCUACUGUAUGUCAUACUGAGCCCUGUGGGCCCUUACUUUGCAAGUGGAAGCUUUAAUCCAAUAUCCUUAUGGGCAGAUCCAAAAUAUGUAAGAGCCUGGAAAGGAGGAACAGGGGACUGCAAACUGGGAGGGAAUUAUGGUUCUUCUAUUUAUGCCCAGCAAGAAGCUCUGGAGUUAGGCUGCCAGCAGGUUUUGUGGCUCUAUGGAGAAGAUCACCAAAUAACUGAAGUUGGAACAAUGAAUCUGUUUCUCUACUGGAUAAAUGAAGAUGGAGAAGAUGAACUGGCAACCCCACCUUUAGAUGGCAUCAUCCUUCCAGGAGUGACAAGACAAAGUAUUUUGGAUCUGGCACGCAACUGGGGAGAGUUUAAAGUGUCUGAGCGAUACAUCACCAUGAGUGACCUGACAACUGCCUUGGAAGAGAACAGAGUAAAGGAGAUGUUUGGUGCUGGAACAGCUUGUGUUGUAUGUCCUAUCUCUAAAAUUUUAUAUAAGGGCAAGCAUUUGCACAUUCCAACUAUGGAGAAUGGACCUCAGUUAACAACCCGUUUCCUGAAUAAGCUGAGUGAUAUCCAGUAUGGAAGAGAAGACAGCGAUUGGGCAGUGCUGGUGUCGUGAAGGUGGAAGAGUUCAGGCCCUCCAGACAGAACAAACAUGAAUAAUGACAACUUCUGUAACUGCCUGUGCGUAGCAUAGUUUCUGUAUCAGUUUGCUCCCCAGGAUGAUUGUUUCCACAAUCCGGCAAAUGUGAACACAAUCAUUUUGAUUUCUACUGUAAUCCUGUUGGUAGAAGCCUGUCUUCUUGGUAGAGGUGCUAAAUGUUAGCAAUAGAACUUUCCUAAUGGUUUUCUUAGUGCCUCCUUGUGUCUUAUGUACAGUCUGAAAACUUGUAAAAUGCUCUUCAACUGCUCUUCACUUUCGUUUGUUUUAACUGCCAUGACCAGCAGAGCACGUUGUCAUAUAACACAAAGACGUUGCCUGUUAGCUGGCCACAGGGUUCUAUUGACGUUAUUCUGCCUUUUGCUCUGUGUUUGGGAAAUGAUUAAGUUUAGCCACAUGCUCUUUCCUUCCAUACUCUGCUUGUAUGGGAGAUUCGUGAGUUUGCAUAGCCCUCUAGAUCCCCUCAUGCAUACUCUGUCAAAUAACAGCUCUGUCCUUUAGGCCAAAAUUCUCCAAGUCGAUCUAGCCUGCAAUGUGCUCCCUGUUGGCCUAUUGCCUUUCCCUCCCUGGGGAUAUGCAGUGGCUGCUUGGGCAGUGCAUACCUCUCUAAUAGUUGAAUACAUCCUUCUGUACAUGAUUUACAGGGCUGGGUCAGGCCCUGCUGAGACAAGA